GGCCACCUCUUGGGUCUGAGGCGGAGAGGAUGUUGUCUUUCCCUCGGCAUCCGCCUUGGCUUUGAAGGGAUGGGAGAGAGUGAAAGGCAUGCUGGAAGAGGUUUGCGAAGAGUCUUGGUGUGGUACCAGAACGAAGAUGAGUGGAUGUGUGAUAUGUCCGUAAGUCGCAGUGUAGGAGAGAAGGGUGGGGAUAGAGAGGACAUCCUGUUUCGUUAUAUAUGGCCGUUGUGAGAUUCGGGGCUUGCGUACGCCGAUCCAAGGCUUUAUACGGUAUUAGAUGGCACAUGUCUGGGAACGUGAAGCUAAUCUGAGUCACUGACGUCUAUCACUGACGUCUAGUCUAAUCAGUAAUGGCCGUCGUGGCCGAUGGGAGCGUUGAAGGCAGAUCACGUCCUCGCGGCUUUAUGAGCGGUUCUGGCUUGUGUAAAGAGAUAAGUAUGCUUUAUGUUUCUGAUACGUAUAGGGGAUGCACUUGUGCAAGCCUAUAUGACCGGUAUAUAGAGGCCGUAUUGGACCUCUUUGAACUAAUCUUUUAUUAUUCACUGCGACUUUGCAUGUACGGAACAUCAGCACCGGUAUGGUCACUCUCGGCGUCUUCUCGGUCUACCCCAUUUUACAAUACUAUACAGUACCUUCCAGGCUCGAAAAACCGAUUUAGUGCCGCAUUUGUGUGGUGUGGAAAAGACGUCAAUAGUGGAGUCAGGAUUAGAGGCAUCAUCAGUCACCCUCUUGAGAGCCAAGCUUCAACUAACGCGCGACGGACUGAACAGAUCACCGUCACUAGACGUAGAUCGCGGGGAGAUCCUCUACCUCGGUACCGACCCCAGGCGCUUUCCUGCUUGGGUGUCUCUGAGGGUAUGCUGUGGGAGCGUAGUAGUUUCCAUGAACGCGUAAUUCUCUUUGGCGAUGUUAUAGGCAUCAGAAGGGAAUUAUUACUAUUAUUAAGCUUUUUAUGUUUCCAUCUCCAUGAUAAACUAGGCCAAACUAACAGUCAUCGCUAAAUACCAUGUACAAGUACACUGCCAGGCCGCAUUGUCAUCACUCGAUCCUCUUCCAGCGCCGAACCGAGGUCCU